AUGUCAGCAAUCUUCCUAAAGCACUUCGAAUACUAUCUAACCGGCCUAUCAGGCGCAGCGUCUUCAGCCUGGGUUCACCUCCUCGCGUCAAUCGUUACGACGGCCUUCACCUAUGUACAGUCCGUGAUUGGCCCAGCUAUAGAUGCGACGCUAACGAAACUCUCAAAAUGGUUCUUAAAGCUCGGGAGACUGGCCGGAGACGCCACCUCCGCAGAACAAGCCGCCAAGUACGAAGAACUUUCUGCAACAGAUCGCGCCAUACGCGCGGAAGCCAGAUUAAAAAGAGCAGUAGAGAAGCUCGCAGCCGUUCGCGCCGAGUGCGAGCGCGUUGUCGCAACUGUUUGCGCCGAGUCCGAACGCGUGAAGGCAGAGAAGGACAGGAAAGCGGUUACCGAGCAAGCCUUUCUCGAUGCAGAUCCUGUCGCCGCCAUUCGACUCCAGUUCAUGAACAUAGGCGUGGAGAAAGCUCGGAAGGAAUUGUUGGCUAAGAAAUCACCUACCGCGCCUUUGAGCUGA